AUGGCGGCCCCCAGUCAUUCAGCACCCCUGAUGCCGGUACUUCCCGGUGACUACUCACCACAGGCUCAUAACCUACCCGCCACCCCAGCAUCUGGGAAUCCCUCAUUUCCCCCGGUUCUGACACCUCAGGUUAUCCCAUCACGUAGAAGGGCCCAAACCACAGAUGAGGAUGAGAAUGAUGAGGGUUCCCAGGGCUCACUAGAGCUUGUAGAGUCACAGCCCCACCGUUCCAUAGAUGAUCCUUUCGGGCAUGCGGGUCGGGGAAAUAGGGGGGACCAGGCCCCUCCUAAAUAUGUUGCUUUCAAUCCAACGCAAGCUAGUGCUUUAAUAAAAUCGCUCCCUGACCCAGAAAAGCAACCUAUGCCUUUUUACCGAGGGAUAGUUCAGAUUCAAAAGACUUAUUCCGCAGCAUGGCGUGAUUUGCUAAGCAUUUGUGCAAUCAAGGCCGGGGAUGCAUAUUGGCCCAGCAUGUCCCGACACCUCAAUGCCGAUUUACUGACAAGUGACACUGAUUACCCCUCCGGAGUAACUUUUUGCAGCCAGGUAAAGGAGUGGGCAAAAGACAAACUUGCAGAUCAGGCUGCCGGCAUUACUGAUGUUAUACAAGAGAAAGGAGAAUCAGUGGAAAGAUUUCAUGCAAGACUGUUUCAAAUGUUUACAGAUUUGGGCUUUGAUCGUACCGACAAGAUUCAUUCACAAAUGCUGUCAGGUGCAUUUGUCCAAGGUGUAAAGGAUUAUAUUC